AUGUUGAAAUCAAAUAAACUAACUUCUGAGUCAGCUUUAACUACUAACAGACCAACAAGUCGUAUAGAUACUUCUUACUUAAAUAGAGGAACUUCUUAAAAUACUUAAAGAUAAAGUGCAAAUAAGAAAUUAUGGAUUAAAAUUAACAAAAUAAAUGAAGAUGUUGCCGAUACCAAACCUUAUAUUGCAAUAGAAAAGUAAAGAAAAACUAAUUCAUGUCACUUCAAAGUAAGUUUAUUAUUAAUCUUUCUUAGCCAUCUAUUAAUAGGAAAAUAAGUUCUGAUUUUAAACAUUAAAUUGAUUACAAUUAGAUUAAACAUUUUAUUUAAGAAGUAGAUAAAAAUUAUCAAGAUGAACCUUUUAGCAAAUUAGAUAAUCAAAAUCAUAAUUAAUAAUAUUAAAAUGAGAAGAGACUCAAUCAUUUAAAUUUAAUCAUGGAAUCAUUUAGAGACAGAAUACAAAGUAGAAAUAUAUCAAAUGAAAUAGAAUCUUCUAAUUAAUAAAGUAUUUAUAUAAUUUGA